UUAAUAAAAUUAGUGUUUAGUCGUUAGUAGCACUCUGAAGUGGUAAAACAGAAAGUUAAAAGGCAGAGUAAAUGGGGGAAAAUGGAACUAAAGUAUCGGAGCAGACUGAAACGGAACCUCCUCUAAAUAAAAGUUUCUUUAGUGUAAAUAAAAAUCUUAUUACUCUCAAAAUCACCCUUUUCUUUCUUUAUGGAGCAACAUCGUCCUUACUUCCAUACCUGACUGUUCAUAUGCAAAGUAUAGGGCUGACCAUUGAGGAAAUUGCUUUGGUUUAUUUGGCUCUACCAUUCACCACCUUUCUAGCACCCCCUGUUACUGGAUUUCUUGUUGAUAAAUUUGGAAGAUACAAACCUGUUAUUCUUAUAUCGUUCGUUCUGAAUGCGGUCAUCCAUCAUUCGCUUCUCUUUUUACCACACCAGGAAGUACCAGGUGAAGUCCCUUCUGCAUAUGUCUUAAGACAUCCUGAGCUUCAAGUAGUAGAAGUAUGGUGGAGUCCUUGUCCUAGCCGUGAAUGUCCUGUGAAUGAGGAACUCGACGUCGUUCUCGAUAUGUGCGUCGACCAUUGCGUUUUUAAUAAAACAGUUAACCGAAAAACGCAAGAAGAAACUUCUCCAAAUCAGAUAGACGUUGGAGAUAAAGACGAUCUUAUUUUCCAUAUUGGAAAGAAGAAUAGAUCCACUCUUGCCUUACAAGGACAUAACAAGAAAAAGAAGAAAAACGGAAGAAAAACGAAAAAGAUUUUUGAAAAUGAAACUGCUGUUAUGUUCAGCUUAGAAAUGCACCCCGCUUUAGCAGAUCCAACGGAAAAUUUUGGCAUCGAAUUAGAACUCGAUGAAGAAGAUGAAAGUAUAACAUUCAAAAGUCGUUUUAACGAAGAGUUUUUGAUAAACCGAGGAGUAAACUAUACGGAGUUGGAAGAUAAAGAUUUAAGAUGCGGCGGUAUCGUAAUGAAGACGAAUGCGACUUACGAAAAGCGCCUCAUGGAAUAUUCAGGAGAUUGCAUAGUCCAGAAAUGCAAUUUCCGAUUUGGUGGACCUCAUGUAUGCCCUCCCGACUAUAGAGAAGCGAACGAUAAGAUAUUCUGGAUAUAUUUCUUUUUAAGAUUUCUAGCUUCUAUUAUGUUAUCAGCUGGUAUCACGAUUAUGGACCCGGUAGCUCUAACAAUGAUAGAAAAAUACGGUGGCGAUUUUGGUAGAGAAAAAUUAUUUUCUAGUUUAGGGAUGGCUCUGUUUUCUCCCAUUACUGGUGCCCUGAUAGAUUACAAUAGCAGAAGACUUGGCUACACCGAUUACUCUGCGGCUUUUUACACCUAUGACGUUCUUCUCUUCAUUGCCGGAAUUACAGUUUUAAUAAUGCCUUUGGGUACCAAAUUACCUGCCGAUAAUCUUUUCCGAGAUUUGUUCAAUAUCUUCAAAAUGCCUCACAUAAUCAUAUUCAUCAUUUUCUUGUACAUCCUCGGCAACUUCUGGGGCUUUAUCGAAAGUUUCUUAUUCUUUUAUUUAAAAGACUUGGGCGCUCCGAAUUACCUAUUAGGUAUAACGGUCACAGUGGGAACGGUUAGCAGCAUGCCAUUUUUAUACGGUGCCGAAAGAAUUACCAGUAAAAUCGGCCACGUUAAUGUCAUCAUCAUCGCUUUCUUUGCUCACGCUGCACGUUUAAUGGGGUAUUCCUUCAUAGAAUCUGCUUGGUGGUGUUUCCCGUUCGAAGCGUUAGAAUCCGUUUCAGUCCAUCUUAUGUGGGUAGCAGCUGCUACAUAUUGUGCAAUUAUAACUCCGAAAAAUUUGUUGGCAACUCUAAUAGGUGUUGUAGGGAUGGCACAUUACAGUAUAGGCAGGGGUAGUGGUAGUUUUGUGGGUGGUCAAAUAAUAAGUAAAAUAGGCAUUCGUCAGGCGUUCCGUUUAAUGGGCGCUAUAGCAGUAGGUACCGGUAUAUCGUAUGGCCUUAUACAUUGCCUUUGGUUAAAGAAAGUUGUAAAGAAAUUUGAUGGGGAAGUGGAGGAAGAUAUCGAGGGUGCUGAAACAGAAAAGUUAAAACCAGGCGAAGAGCCGAAAUUCAAAGACCAAUCCACCAUGGUCAGUAUGGAACGUUUGAGUUUAAUGGUAGAAUUCAAUCAAAUUGGCUCUUUGACCUCUCUUGGGCGACAUGCUGUAAAUUCGUUAAGUAGGGGUGACAUUCGACGGGGAAGUUACACUGUCGGAAUGUUUAACAAAGCAAGUAGAGGGAGUGCUUCCAAAGUGGAUCUACUUAAGUCUGCCAUUGAAGUUAAUAGUAGAGGAACAUCAAAUCAGAACUUAAAACGUUCCGUGUCUGGGAUAAGUAAGCACGGCAGUACUAAAAUUGCUGAUAAUGCUGGUACCCCCACGUUAAAUAAAAAAAGUGUGAGUUUAUCACCUGUGGUUGAUAAAGUUAUUGAACAAAAUUUGAUACCUGACGAAACAGAAGAAAUCAUUUACGCAACGAGUAAAUCGAAGAACAAUGACGAGGAUCCCGAAAAGGUACCGGAAAUUUCGGAAGAAAAUAAGAAAAAUGGAACAGGCUAAACAAACACAUUAUAUUUUUUUUUUACAUAGAAAAUGUACGUAAGAAGUAUACUUUCAUUUAUGCGUAUGUAUACAUAUUGCGUCUAUAACAAAUAAUAAAAUUUUAGAUAUCUGUUUAAAAACCUACUUUUAAUUACUAAUUAUAACCCAA